AAAGGAGUUAGUGCGUGUUGAGUGAGAGCGGGUACUGCGAACUGCCUUACUAUGCUGUAGCCCCAAUCCCCGUCCACUACACGGAGUCAGAACCUGCAACUUAGGUUUCAACUUGUUUACAAAGACAGUUAAAAACUCUCCUGAGUGGGGAAAACAAGCCUCAUGAGUCGGCCUCGUGGAUUGCAUCGACAUAAUGGAUUUGACUAAAAUGGGUAUGAUCCAGCUCCAGAACCCCAACCAUCCCACUGCCCUCCUGCAGAAGGCCAACCAGAUGCGUCUGGCUGGGACUCUGUGUGAUGUUGUCAUCAUGGUCGACAGCCAGGAGUUUCACGCUCACCGGACUGUGCUAGCCUGCACCAGCAAAAUGUUUGAAAUCCUCUUCCACCGCAGUAGCCAGCAUUAUACCCUGGACUUUCUUUCACCAAAGACUUUUCAACAAAUUUUGGAGUAUGCUUACACUGCCACGCUCCAGGCCAAGGUGGAGGACUUGGACGAUCUCCUGUACGCAGCGGAGAUCUUAGAGAUUGAGUACUUGGAAGAGCAAUGCCUCAAAAUCCUGGAAACGAUCCAGUCCUCAGAUGAGAACGACGUGGAGGCCAGCGCUAAUGAUGGCAGCACAGAGGAAGACGAGGAGCGCAAAGGCCAAAACGGAGCCAAAAUCUCUAAAAAGCAUUCCAUGGAGAGUCCCUUUCUGUCGGGUGCCCAACAAGUCUCCAACAUGACCGGCAUAGUCGAGCAGAGUCCCUCCGUCUCCACCUCCUUCAAUAUCUCCAGCCUGAGUCCCACCAAAGCUGCUGUGGACAGUCUGAUGAGCAUCGGUCAGACUCUGCUUCAGCAGGGCUUUGGGGGUGCCAACCCCCACCACCUAAUGACUGAGAUCAAGACCGAAACGAUGCAGGUGGAUAUGGGCGGGAACGGCCACGACAGUCCUCAGAACAUGGAGUCCGGCGCCUCCAGCAACGGGGAGCGAAGUGGCGAGGACAGAAACCGAGACGGUCCCGGCACGCCGACCAGGAGCAGCGUGAUCACCAGCGCUCGAGAACUGCACUACGUUCGCGAUGAUAGCAUGGGCGACCAGCAAGCUGAGGUGAGCCAGAUGGGGCUGGAAGCGAUGGCGGGGAUGACUGAGAAACACCUGGCUUCACUAUACUCCUUACCUGUCAAUCAUAAAUCCGAUGGCAUGAUGUCGAUGCCGGUGUCCAUGGCUUCCGCUCUCCCCAUCUCCCCAGCCCUGGCUAUGUCUAUGGACUUCAGUACGUAUGGCGGACUCCUGCCUCAGAGCUUCAUUCAGAGAGAAUUCUUCAGCAAGCUGGGCGAGCUGGCAGUGGGCAUGAAACCAGAUGGCAGGAACCAGCAUGAGCGCUGCAACGUUUGUGGUGCCGAGUUACCAGAUAAUGAAGCUGUGGAGCAGCACAGGAAAAUGCACAGUGGAAUGAAGACCUACAGCUGUGAGCUGUGUGGGAAGAGCUUUCUGGACAGCCUCCGUCUACGAAUGCAUUUGCUGUCUCAUUCAGCUGGUGAAAAGGCCAUAGUUUGUGACCAGUGCGGCGCCCAGUUCCAGACAGAGGAAUCCCUGGAGGCUCAUCGGCAGAUCCACACUGGGUCAGACAUGGCCAUCUUUUGCCUUCUGUGUGGUAAGCGUUUCCAGACCCAGACAGCACUGCAGCAGCACAUGGAGGUGCACGCCGGCGUCCGCAGCUACAUUUGCAGCGAAUGCAACCGAACAUUCCCCAGCCAUACUGCACUCAAACGUCACCUCCGCUCACACACAGGGGACCACCCGUUCGAGUGUGAGUUCUGCGGGAGUUGCUUCCGAGAUGAGAGCACUCUGAAGGGCCACAAGCGCAUCCACACCGGGGAGAAGCCCUACGAAUGUAACGGCUGCGGGAAGAAGUUCAGCCUCAAGCACCAGCUGGAAACCCACUACCGUGUGCACACAGGUGAAAAGCCAUUUGAGUGCAAGCUGUGCCACCAGCGAUCCAGGGACUACUCGGCCAUGAUCAAGCACCUGCGUACCCACAAUGGCGCCUCGCCCUACCAAUGCACCAUCUGCCUGGAGUACUGCCCCAGCCUGUCAGCCAUGCAGAAGCACAUGAAGGGUCACAAGCCAGAAGACAUCCCCCCAGACUGGCGCAUAGAGAAGACCUACCUGUACCUCUGCUAUGUCUGAGAUGGAGAAAAGUGGAUGAAGAGGGGAAGAGGGUGGGGUUGAGAGGUAGGAGGAAUGUAAUGGAGUGGAUAGGAGGUCUUGAAAAUUGAGGAAUGUCAACGAGAAGAUGCUAGAAAAAGAAGGGUUUGUUUUCUCUUUUUUUAUUUACUUGCAAAAGCAGCAAUGAGCGGCUGUGUGGGGGAGAAAGGGCGGGAUCGUCAGGGCAGAAGUUAAAAAAAAAGAGAGGAAGACUUGGACACGGAGAGAAAGUCUCCACCAUUGUUCGGAUUCACCGGGUCAUUCACUACACCUGCAGUUGUGUUGAUGUUUCAGGUCAUUUCAUGCAGCGCCAUAACGCAAGUAGGCUGCAAGGAAGUGACUCUUUGGAUGCUGCUGCCACGUUGGUGAGAGAGCAGAUUCUCAAGGGCUAUCUGACCUGCACAUUCUUGUAUCCAAACCAAAUUCUUCCUUCAAUUUUGUCCUCUUUCUAAUAUAGUUUCUUUUUUAAUUGGUGUGGAUUAUUUUAUGGUCUUGCUGUCUGAACUUUGGGGUCCUUUUAAUGACCACAACCCCAAAAUGCUUCAGGUUGCUACAAAUACGUAUCUUGGAUAAGAUCUAUUUUUCAAGAUARCCUGUCCAGAUUUUGAAUGAAAGGCUUUAGAUAACCAUGACAUUUUUUUUCUGUUUUAAAUACGUGUUUGUUCUGUCACCUCUCCUCUUCAAUGACCAAGAGGUUCCAGAAACCCGCUACUUAACCUGUCUUUGCAUAAAACCCUUCAGAAAUGUUCUGUAGCUGUGAGAUAGCCCCUGAGAAUUGGCUGAUUUAGAGCCUGUUGACGUAUGCAGUAGACGAUGCAGCUGAACUGGACUUGAGAGUAUUUAAAAAAACGCUGCAAACCAUCCAUUUUGGUUCUGAGCAGGGAAAAAUGCUAGCGCUGCUUUUUUUGUCGGAAAUCUCCCCAGUUUCUACGGCGGUCCCUCCUGGUUCCGCAUCUCCUUUCCGAUGAGGUUCUGCAGAGGCCCGAGUCGCCGCCGGCCACUCGCGGUUCUCCACAGAGAACCGAAAGGCUGACUCGCGUCACUUUCUUCUUGUCAUAUAUUAUUUUAGUCUCUUAUUUCUGCAUCGUAGUUUUAUCACGGCUUGAUUGCACAAGUAAAACAAACUACGACAACAGUCUCUGUUUGAUGUCAGCAAGGUAUAUAAAUCCUGCGUACAAAUAUAACUCGCUAUUACAGUAUCGCACAAUAAACCCAGCGUGGUCACUUAUUCAGCAAUAGAUAACUGGACUGCUUUUACUCACGCGCAUUUAUCCAGAAGACUAUCAGUAUCUCACACUAACUAUAAAGUACAUAAACUGACUCAGCAACGUUUUGACUGCAAUAGAUCUAUCAGUUCACCACAGCAGAGGAAAACGAUUUGGGAGAAGCUUGUUGUCUGUUUGAAUCCUGUGACUUGGACUUUAYUGGGGGAGUUGGAUUUGAAACAGAGCUGCGAAUGCCUCAGCUGUGCACCCUGACAUUUGUGCGAGUUGGGGGUGUGGUAAMGUUUAAAAGUUGUGGCUUGAACCCAGGCUGUGUUGAGCAGGUUAAUGCUUGUUCUUCGACGUCAGAAACCUACGAUUCCUGCUUUAGCCAACGAGUGGUUGAAAGAGAUUGAUUUUGUCUCCGACAGACAUUUCCCUGGUAACUGCUCGUGCUUUUUGUGCCUCGUGGUGGGSCAAAAAAACUCAAAAAUACCAUUAUUAUGUUAUAAAAAUAUACAAAUUAUGAGAACAUGCACUGAUUUGGUAUCCCUAGAUUUUGUCUUGUUACAACUUAUUUUCAUAUUCACACUGACUUAAAUUGGCGGUAAAAAUGCUACUUUUUUAUAAUUUUACACUUUUUUAGCCUUGAUUAUAUUCAGUGUGCAACUUUUUUUAAGUGUUUGCUGCAGAUUGAACUGCUUCUAGGGGUUAAAAAAAUAAAUUUUGGUAAAGGUGAGAAUUGGCGGGAACUUUCUGAUGUCUUUGUAAGACAGCAUUUAACCUGCGAGGCAWAGAGUCACGAGGAUUGUGGUUAAACCCAGAACAUGAACACAAAUCACAUCAUCUUCUAUGGAAAUGACAUAUCCAAACCACCGGUGGAGUUAAAAAAAAAACGGGGGGAAGUCACUGAUCAGAUGAGAUGCAGACAAGCAGCUAAAGACAGAAUAAAUCAACUCUCUUUCUGUGRUUUCGUCUGUGCGCUUCGUCUCUCGUCUGUUGUUGUUGUUGUUAUUAUCGACCUUGAGUUUGAGCUCAACACAUCGUACUUGAAUUACCUCUUUUUGUGACCUCAUGUUUCUUGUCAUGUUAAUUUCCCUUUUGUUUCAUUUGUACAUUUUUACCGUUUUCGUUUCGUUUUGUUUUGGUAAGUGCAUGUCAGAAGAUGCAUUCAAAAAUGUGAUGAAGCGGAGAGUACGCGGAAAAAUUUAAGUGCCACAGAGAAAAGAUUUUGUUUGUUUGUUYGUCGUGUUUUUCUUUGUGCGUACUUGUUAACAAACUUGGUGAUAUUAACCCUGUUUGUGAAAGAACCAGAAGGUUUGGUCAUUUUAGUUUGUUUGUUUUUUUUUUUAAAAGCUACCUCUAAGUUGAUUUUGUGUUUCUUUUUUUUGGCCAAAACACAUAUCUUUGUGUGUGCGUGUUUGUGUUUUGCAUUGUUUGUCAAUGCUACUUCAUCUCAUGCUUUUUUUAUUGAUUUAUGAUUGUUUUUUCAGAAAAAAAAUGUAUAUAAAAGGGUAAUAGAUUAAAAAAACGUAGAGGUGAAGAGGACGGGAAAAGUCUUUUGAACGGACGUUUAUUCUUCUCUUACAGUCUCCCUUUGCACCUCCGAUAACAGAAGAGCAGAGGGGAAAUUUWAAAAAAAAGCAAUUUUGAAGCCUUAAAGUGACGAGUAAGAGGGACGUGGCAGACCAGACAAAGUACUUUUGCUUUUUACGAGUGUUUAAAAACAAGAAUUUAAACUUGAAAAUAUGUGAAUAGAGUUGUAGUUUUGUAAUGUGAAAAAAAAAAAACCCGACAACAAAACAAAAAAACAGAAAGUUCGUCACGAACGCUGCACCGCACACGACAGGUCAUGUUUGCAGUGAUGCAGAAAGCGUUGGACAAUUGGAGCUGCAAGUUGUAAUAAAAAAAACUUAAAAAAAGACAAACCAGAAGGUUAAAAAUAGAGAUUCUCUCAGCAGAAAAGCGUGUUCCUGAACAAGAGCCAACAGAGGCAAUUUGAUAUAUAAAAAUUGUGAUAUUUUUGUAUUGAGUGUCAGUCCUUUUUCCAUUUGUGGAGGGUUAAAGCAGGGCACAAAUUUUUGUAUUUCUUUUUUUAUUAUUAUUUGACUAGUUUUUUUUUUCCUCUCUCUGGGUGUGAAUCAUUUUGCCUUGCUCCUCUUUGAUAUUGUUGGACAAAAAAAAAUUGUGUGUGAAAAUAUUGUAAUAAUAAGUGUUGCUUUCUGGAUGUCGAUUGCAUUGUAGGUGAAGGACUAAAUCUAUCCAUCACAAAUUUUUUCAAGUGUGUUUAAGUGACAAAUAUAAAAAAAGAGGUUAAAAACUAUAAGGAAAAAAAAACACACUGGCAGUGAGACUCUGCUGAAACCGACCAAUUAGUACUUGUCAUUCAGAUUUUUUUUCAAUCAAACUUUACUGUCGACAUAUUUUGUUUCCUUUUUUGUACUUGAAAGAAGAAAAAAAAAGAAGGGAUGGCAUGUCCCGUGGUGUCUUGCCAUUUUAUUCUCAAACACUGUGAGCUGAGGGGGCUUUGUCGCCCUCGGAUAAUAUCCACCCACUAUAAUAUACCCAGUCACGGUUCAGUCUGAACGCCACAAUGCAAGACCUGCUCAGCCGCAUUAUUCUUAUCAUCGUCCUCUGAAUGUUUUCUACUUUUUUGUGUGGAUGAAAAGUGCGCAAACAGAGUGUGUAACCGUCUGAGUGUGUGUGUGUGUGUGUGUGUGUGUCAGUGGAAAAAAAUGCACUAAUCAGAUCAGAUACAAAAUAAAAUGAUAUUCUAUGCCACUUUUUUCUGUUUUAAAAUAUAAAUAUAUAUAAGUAUAUAUAUACACAUUGGCAUCGAUAUAGUUCUUCCCUCAGUGUUCCUCCAUGUUUCUGUAAUAUCGUCGUGCCUAAAAUGGAAACUGUUCGACAAAAAGAUCAAUUUAUAUCUGCUUACUUUUCUGUAUUUUUCAGAAGAAAAUAAACAAAUGUUCUCAUUUCCAGCACCCCGGGGAUGUCAUGAAGCUCAAAUUAUAACAUGAUUUUUUUUUUCUCAAGCAGGGUUAGAGUUCUUUUUCAAGGACUGCAAUAAAACCCUUUUUGCUAUUGAAAUAGCGACUGCGUUCACGUCUCUUUUUGAGUUCUGCUUUCUGUGAUUGGCAUCUAAAAACAGCACAAAAUAUUGGUUAAAAAAAUWGGAGGCAACAAAAGAAAACCCUCCUAAAAUAUGGAAAGAUAACAGUGGCAAACAAAAUUGUCUUUAUUGUUUUUAUUUUUUGUUUGUUUGUUUUGUUUUGUUUUAAGCAAUUGAAACCCGAGGUUUUGUUUUCUGUAUUUCUUUUUUAGUACGUUUGUCUGCAACAGGUUUGCAGACAAAAGCAAUAUUUUCUUUUUAAAACAUAAUAUUAAAAAAAGAAAACCUCCACUUGGACAUGUUUGCAUUAGGGUUUUUUUUCCCUUCUGCCUUUUUUUAAAUGCAUUUUUUAAGGGAUGUUAAAUUGAUUAGAGAAGAAUCAUGGCAUCCCUGGAGCUGGCACUCUGUGUUUUGGUGUGGUGUUUCUAGAACAAAGUAGCCAUUUCAUGCAGUGUUGCAAUGCAUGUGCCAUCAAGGUCUAGACUAAAACUGUUUGAGUAACAAAGCACCAAGACAUUGUAUUUUUUUAUAUUAGCACUGAGGACCAAUUGCCCUGUCGGACCAAGCGUAACAAAGCUUUUUUUAUGUAACAAAGCUUUUUCUCUCUGUCUCUCUCUGGCUUGUCUGUGCAACUUUUUCUCCUCCAUUGUCGUGACAGCACAAGUGCCAGUCAAGUUGCUCUGUAUUAAAAAAAAAUAGUGUUUUUAUUAUGAUUUCUUUUAGUUUUUGUCUACCUCAGCACCUAAUCUUAGCCUAAUCUUAGAAGGUGCCCAUAUUUUUUUGUUCUGUUGUUGUCAGUUGUAAAGAAAAAAAAAAGAUGUUUUUGAAAUUUGCAUUCGAGCUUUGCAAAGGUCCUUUGUCUUUUCCAGCGACAACGUGCUAUUUURUUUUUCUCCCCCCUCUUCCCCUCUUUGUGGCAGUACGUUUCCUGUUAAACUGUGGCACCAAUCUAUAGCCACCGUCUGUUGAUAUAGAGGUUGUUCUUUUUUUUGUUUUUUCUGUUUCUUUCCAUGUAGAAUCAGACACAUCUCUGUAACAUUUCAGUGUUCUCUGAUGGAGUGUGAAAAAAAUUAAAAGGAAAAUAAAAGAUUUAAUGCUGCAGGUUCUCUUCUCCAUGUUGUCAGUAAAGUCAAUGUUGUGCCUUUGAUAGUGAAAAUAUACAAAUUUCUCUUUUUUUAAGAAAAAAAGAUCCUACUAACAGUAGAUUGUUUAUUGUAGUGGAUUUUUUUUGUUUGUUUUUUUUCUAUUUAUGGGUUUCAAUAAAAAUCAAAUCAUGAUG